AUGGCGGCGGCAGCGGUUCGGAGCCUUCCGGUGCGGCCCUGGGGCCGUCUCCUGUUGCCGCGGCCACCAACCCGGCCUGCACCGGCCUCUCUGUCAUCCCGGGCCGGUUUGUCCCGCGGGGGCCGGGUCGCCCUGACAGCUCUGGGGGUGCUGGCGGCGGGCGGGGGGGGCCUGGCCCUGGCCCUGCACUCGGGGCUCAGCGCCGGGGAGCUGGAGCUGCACCCCCCAGCCUUCCCCUGGAGCCACGGCGGAGCGCUGGCCGCCCUUGACCAUGCCAGUCUGCGCCGAGGCUUCCAGGUCUACAAGCAGGUCUGCUCGGCCUGCCACAGCAUGGAGUAUGUGGCCUUCCGCAACCUCAUCGGCGUCACCCACACUGAGGCAGAAGCCAAGGCCCUGGCUGAGGAGGUGGAGGUGCAGGACGGGCCAGAUGAGAACGGGGAGUUCUUCAUGCGCCCAGGCAAGAUCUCAGACUACUUCCCGCGGCCCUACCCCAACGCCGAGGCCGCGCGGGCGGCCAACAACGGAGCGCUGCCCCCUGACCUCAGCUACAUCGUCAACGCCCGGCACGGGGGUGAGGACUACGUCUUCUCACUGCUGACCGGCUACUGCGAUCCACCGGCCGGUGUCACCGUGCGCGAGGGGCUGCACUACAACCCCUACUUCCCAGGGCAGGCCAUCGGCAUGGCGCCCCCCAUCUACAACGAGGUGCUGGAGUAUGACGACGGUACCCCUGCCACCAUGUCGCAGAUCGCCAAGGACAUCUGCACCUUCCUGCGCUGGGCAGCGGAGCCUGAACACGACCACCGCAAACGGAUGGGCCUGAAGGUGCUGAUGAUCUCUGGGCUCCUCAUCUCCCUCCUCUACUACAUGAAGCGGCACAAGUGGUCAGUGAUGAAGAGCAGGAAGAUGGUUUAUCGACCCCCUAAGUAAAGGGUGCCCCCCACCCUGGCGCAACGCACACCCCUGGGUUGUGGGGAGGGGGCACAGCUGGCAGUGUGUGCCCCCUACCCAGUCCCGGCUCCUUAUUUAACAUCCGCCCUGCCACGGGCACUGGAAUAAAGUCUGGGUUCUUCGGAGGGGGAA